GUGCGGGCUUCGCGGCGGCCCAGCGAGGUCAGCCCGUGCCCUUGGCGUGGUCCCGGCCUCAGCAGCCCCGGCCCCGGCUCCCGGACUACAGCUCCCGGCAGCCCCAGCGCGCCGGAAGCGCGGCCGUUAACGGAUCGCCGGGCUCGGCGCGGGGGAUUUGGACUCGCGGCCGGCGGGGUCGGGGAAAGUGGGAGGCCGGGGUAGGUUGGGGCCGGGCCGGCCGCCAUGGCCCUGCCAAUUCCCGUGCCCGAGCCGCUGUGGCCGGCGAGCCUGUCUUCGCUGAAGGCAGUGGAUAACUUGCUGCGGUGUGGGAUAUGCUUCGAUUACUUGAGCAUAGCCAUGAUCAUCCCACAGUGUUCACACAACUAUUGUUCCCUUUGUAUACGCAAGUUUCUGUCCUACAAACCUCAGUGCCCAACAUGCUGUGUGGCAGUCUCAGAAUCUGACCUGAAAAAUAACCGGGUAUUGGAUGAACUAGUAAAGAGCUUUAAUUCUGCAAGCAGGCGAUCAGCUGGCAAAAGCCACGUUAAGAGUUCUGUAUCUUGGACAGCAGUAAAAGAAGAUAUGCCAGUGAUUGGCAGUUUCUUGACAAAGGAAAAAGUUUGCACCUCAACAAAGGCAGACAGCCUGGCAGGAACAGAUGAGAAGAGUUUGAAAACUGAGGAACACCAUGACCUUUACAGCAGUUCUGCAGAGAUUGAUAAUAAAGACAAUAAAGUGGGAUCACAGGAGAGCCCCAAGUGCACCAAAAGUCAGGAAAAGCCUUCUACAUCUCUGGUAAAAGCAGUCAGCAAAGUGGCUUGUCCUGUCUGUGAGGUUGCUAUUCCAGAGGAAUACAUAAACAAACAUCUGGAUACCUGCUUGACAAGAGAAGAGAAGAAGGACUGCCUCAGAAGUUCUGCUCACAAAAGGAAGCCUCUGCCUAAAGUUGUUUACAGCUUGCUCUCUGAUCGUGAUUUAAAGAAGAAGCUAAAGCAACAUGGUCUGUCUACCCGUGGGACCAGACAACAGCUGAUUAAAAGACACCAAGAAUUUGUGCACAUGUACAAUGCUCAGUGUGAUUCUCUAAAUCCCAAAUCAGCUGCGGAAAUUGUUAAAGAGCUGGAAAACAAUGAGAAGAUCCGGCUUCUGCUUGAACUGAAUAAACCUGGUGAAAGUAGCUUGACCUCCACAAAGGACAAAACAGAGGAAGAAAUAGAUAAGAUCCACUCUGACUAUCGAAAGAAACACAGAAGUCAAUUUAAGUUUUUGGUGGAUCAAGUAGAGAAUCGGUGGAAGCAAAGUGGUAAAAUAAAAACAGAAAGUGCAAAAAACAAAGAAGUCGCUACUGCCAAAGACUUGCCAGCAGCCACAGAACACAGGGAAGAGCAUCACACAGGUUUUGCCCUUGGAAAAGACCAGGUACCCAAACCAGAUACUCCUGAUGAGAGAUCAGACUCUCCUACGUUCCCGCUGUCACCUGAAUCAACAAGCAGCUCCAGUUCAGACAUUUUGAGAGAUUUGGAAGGAUUUGAGACACGUUCAGCUUCCUCUGAUGAAAGAGCUUCCUCAGGUCCGGGAGUUAACAAAAGGGAGUCACAUUGGCCCCAUGCACUAGGAAAUGUUCAACUGCUUCCCAAGCGCAAGAGGAAGAAGAACUAGUGCUGCAGUGCCAUGAAGCUUAAAACUACGCAGAAGGCUUAACACUGAGAGAUACUUCUUACUUUUUUUUUCCAGUUUUCAGUGUAUCUGGGUAACCAGUAAAUGCUGAACUUUCACAUAGCUGUCAAUUAGGCUGCCUUAAAAUAACCAGACUGGUGUGCUGAUGGGUUUUCUUUACAACACUGCGGGCCAUUUAACUUGUUGGGUAUGAAGUGCUGGAGUCCAGCUGGAGCCUCAGUGAGCUCUUGUGCCACAUGCAGCUUUGCUGCUGAAGUAUAUGGCUUUGAAUAUUGCAGCCACUCCUGCGCACAUCUCAUCCUGCAGGAGCUUGCUCUCUCCUCUUGGAAGCAACCACCGGACAGUGUUUUGCUUGGGGUCAGGCAGAUGCUGAUGCUCUGGUUCCUUGGCUCAGCUGGGGGAAGGCAUGGGGCAGCUGAGGGAUGGGGCAGACUUUGAGUCCACAGGAAUACACUUGUUUUUAAUACAUCCAUGUAUAUGUACUCGUUAGUAUGUGUCACUACUUCAGUUUGAAGUCAUGACAUUUGAAAGGAAUUGGAAGGUCAUUGCACAUUCAGUAUUCUAGCUUUAAACUAAAUAUUAGCAUUCGAAAGUCUCAUCUUUCUUAGAAGAUGACAGCUUUGUAGUGGAAUACAGCAAUGCAAGAGAGUUAAAGUACACCUGAACAAGAGUGCACAGCUUGCAAGCAAAAUACAUACCAUGCAAAAUGCUCAAAGGUGUUCUCACUGAGCCUUGGAGCUUUGCUCAUAGCCUUCCAUCAGAAACGUAGCAAAGACAGCACAAAGUCUGUAUAAGAUUGAGAGUUGUCUGUCUUUUGACUUUGGGCUGUAGCUGUAAUUGGGACCAGACAUUGCACAUUCAAAAAUACUCUUCCUCAAACUGUGGUUGCCAGCAGUAUUUUUGUUCAGAGCAGGCUAAAUCUGAGGCCAAUAUGAACUGUAAUAACACCACUGAGGUUAGUGGAUGCAGAGGAAAAAGGGGGAGCGGAUUUGUUUUGUUUGUUUGGGGUUAUUUUGUACUAAAAGUGAACCUUUU